AAACGACUUGGCGUUCGAGAAAUAACUCUUUCACAGUCGAAUAGUCGCAUCAAUUUCAUUUUAUUUCAAACCCGGAGGAAGCUGUCACCAUCAUGGAAACAGAUUGAUGUCUUUGAGUUGGACCCCUUAAAGGGAGAUGAUGCACCAAACAUCCCAGACACUGUCAGACAGCGUGCAGUGUCUGACAUUUUGCUUGGAGUCAUUCAGGAUGUGCUGAAUGGUCCAGAGAUGGAACCUGCUCUGCGUCCUGUCCUGGGAAAUUUCCAUGUGGAGAUUACACGGGUUAAAAUGACUCCAAACCUUAGAAGUGCCUCUGUAUUCUGGAGAGUUGCAGAUGAAUUACAAGGCAGUGAACAGAGUGUUCAGAUGUUGUUAAAUGAAAACAGGGACCACAUCAGGAAGCUUCUUCCUGCCUAUUCCACUCGACCUCGCUUUCCCCAAAUGUCUUUUAUCAAAGAUAGAAAAGCUGAAUAUGAAAGAACAGUGGAGCAGCUUAUUCAAGAGGCCAAGCAGGCAGAUGGCUUUAUAAAAGACUCUAGCAAAUUAUCUGAAGAAGUCUGAGUCAUUCAUGAGAUUCAAAAUUGUACAUGGUAUGGAAUCACAGAUAAAGAUUAUUAAAGCAGUUUUGAAAGAGG